UUUAGGAACUAAAUAGAUUCCGGCCUAACCUGUUCCGUGAUCACGUCAGUUAUAGGGUGUGGUUGCUGUCAUACCCUGAAAGUUAAUACUCAUUUUAGAAACAACUUAACUGAAUGUCCUUGGAUUAGCUGUUAAACCACUCUGAAAUAGGUGCACCGCGAAACCGAUAGUGAAAGUAACGUUACAGCUUCCAUUGACAAGGAAAUUCAGCCGCUGGAGAGUUUGGCAUGUUUUCUGAGGCGCCCAAGUGGGACUCAGACCCCUGGUUGAAAACAGCUGAUACAAAACUGUCUUUUGAAAAGAGAUGGAGCAGAGAGACACUGCAGCAUCUCCAGAAGCCACCUGUGUGUCUGUGAAAAGUAACAAAUCUAUGGAUUUUCCACUUUCAUUCAGUGUUGACGCUGUAACCUCUGGCCCCAGAAGUUGUGAGAGUAAUUUUCAGGUCCAUGUGCAGUCCGAAUGUGGAGUGUGUAGAGAGGUUCUGAAAGAUCCAGUCUCUAUAACCUGUGGACACAGUUUCUGCAGACAGUGCAUUAUCUUCUGCUGGGAUAAGUUCAGACAAGCAGAAGAAUUUGAUUGUCCUCAUUGCAGAAAGAGAUCCAAAACACAUCCUGUUCUACAAACAGUCAUGGGAGCAUCCAGUUCUGCUGGUUUUUCUCACUGUGACACAGAGGCAGCCCUACAGGAGGAGACUGGAGACCUGCAGAAAGCAGAUGAUGAUAAACUACAGAGAGCCAAAGACAAGCACAAAACCAGAAUGAAGAAAAAGUAUGAAAGCUUAUUUGAGGGAAUCAAACUCCAAGAGAAUGAAACCCUCCUCAACAGGAUCUACACACAGCUUUACAUCAUAGAAGGAGAGAGUGAAGGAGUGAAUGAAGAACAUGAAGUUUUACAGAUGGAGAAAACAGCCAAACCACAUCAUGCACAAGACACUCCAAUCUACUGCAAUAACAUCUUUAAAGCCUCACCUGAACCAGAAUGUGAGGAGAAAGAUGAAAUCAAGGUUGUUCUUACUAAAGGCAUUGCUGGUAUUGGAAAAACCAUCUCUGUGCAGAAGUUCAUUCUGGACUGGGCAGAAGGAAAAGCCAAUAAAGAUAUAGAUUUCAUGUUUGUGCUUCCAUUUCGAGAGUUGAACUUGAUUCAAGGUAAUCAGUACAGUCUUCAGAGACUUCUGCUGGACUUUCAUCCUGAAGUUAAAGAUCUGGACUCAAAGAUUUAUGAGGAGUGUAAAAUUGUGUUUAUCUUUGAUGGUCUGGAUGAAAGCAGAAUUACACUGAUGUUUUCAAAAGCUGAAAAGGUUUCUGAUGUAACUGAGACUUCAUCAGUGGGUGUGUUGAUGUCAAACCUCAUCACAGGAGAGCUGCUUCCCUCUGCUCUCAUCUGGAUCACCUCCAGACCAGCAGCAGCCAAUCAGAUCCCCUCCGAAUACAUCAGCCGUCUGACAGAAAUUCAGGGAUUCAAUGAGCUUCAAAAGGAGGAAUAUUUCAGGAAGAGAAUCAGUGACCAGCAUCAAGCCAACAGGAUCAUCUCACACAUCAGAAGAGCAAGAAGCCUCCACAUCAUGUGCCACAUUCCCGUCUUCUGCUGGAUCUCAUCCACUGUGCUUCAGAAGCUCCUGAAAGAAGAUCUGAGUGCAGAAAUCCCUCAAACUCUGACUGAAAUGUACAUUCACUUCCUGCUGAUUCAAAUCAACAUGAGGAAUCAGAAGUAUGAAGAGAGAGAUCCAGAUAAGCUCCUGCAGUCCAACAGAGAGGUGAUUGUGAAACUUGCUGAUGUGGCUUUUAAACAGCUGAUGAAGGGGAAUGUGAUGUUCUAUGAGAAGGACCUUAGAGAGAGCGGCAUAGACGUCGCCAAUGCCUCAGUGUAUUCUGGAAUUUGCACUGAGAUCUUUAAGGAAGAAUCUGUGAUUCAUCAGAGGAAAGUCUACAGCUUCAUUCAUCUGAGCAUUCAGGAGUUUCUUGCUGCUUUCCAUGUGUUUUACUGCUAUUUAAGCUGCACAAUGGAGACCCUUAAGGUUUUUGAUUCAAUGCAUUAUCUGCAUAAAGGAGCAAUAGAUAAAGCCCUCAAGAGUGAGAAUGGACAGCUGGAUCUGUUCCUGCGGUUCCUGCUGGGCAUCUCACUGGAGUCCAAUCAGAGACUUGUACGGGAUAUGCUGCUACACACAGAGAACAGCUCAGAAAGCAUCAGGAGAACCUCACAGUACAUUAAAGAGAAGAUCAAAGAUGGACAAGGACUCUCCACUGAAAGAUCCAUAAAUCUGUUCCUCUGUCUGCUGGAAGUGAAAGAUCAGACUCUGUCCAGAGAAAUUCAGGAGUUUGUGAAAUCAGACAAACACUCAGAAAGGAAACUCUCUCCGGCUCACUGCUCAACAAUCGCCUACAUGCUUCAGAUUUUAGACAAGCCACUGGAUGAGCUGGAUCUGAAGAAAUACAACACAUCAAAUGAGGGUAGAAGAAGACUGAUACCAGCUGUGAGUAACUGCACAAAAGCUCUAUUUUCUGACUGUAAUCUCACUGCUCAGUGUUGUGAGAGAUUACCAUCAGCUCUUCAAUUCUCAAACUCUGUCCUGAAAGAGCUGGACCUGACUAAUAAUGACAUACAAGAUUCAGGAGUGAAGUUACUCUCAGAUGGAUUGAAGAGUCCAAACUGUCAGCUGCAGCGACUGAGAUUGUCCAGCUGUCAUCUCACUGGUCAGUCCUGUGAAAUUGUGUCAUCAGAGCUCCAAUCCUCAAGCUGUGUCCUGGAAGAGCUAGAUCUGAGUAACAAUGACCUGCAGGAUUCAGGAGUGAAUCGGCUCUCUGAUGCACUGAAGAGUCCAAACUGUAAGCUGCAAAUACUGAGGUUGUCUGGCUGUAUGGUGACAGAGGAAGGCUGUCGUUAUUUGUCUUCAGCUCUGAGUUCAAAUUCCUCUUACCUGAGAGAGCUGGAUCUGAGCUACAAUCACCCAGGAGAAUCAGGAGUCCAGCUGCUCAGUGACAAACUGAGCAACCCAAACUGCUCACUGCAGAUACUGAAUGUGGACCAUGGAGGAGAGUUAAGGAUUACAGCAGGACUACGGAAGUAUGCCUGUGAUCUCACGCUGGACCCAAACACAGCACACACUCAAAUCAUCUUGUGUAAGGACAAAAAGAUGGCAAAACAUGCGAAAGACCAUCAGCCGUAUCCUGAUCAUCCAGAGAGAUUUGAAUGUCUUCAGGUUUUGUGUGGAGAAGGUCUGACUGGACGCUGUUACUGGGAGGCUGAAUGGAGUGGGACAGGGACAGAAAUAUCAGUAUCAUACAAAGGAAUCAGCAGGAAAGGAGGAAGUGACUGUAUGUUUGGAUUCAAUCAAAAGUCUUGGAAUCUAAGUGGCUUUUAUAAACGUUUCAUUGCCUGCCACAAUAAUAACAGCACUGAUAUACCUGCCCCUUCAUUGUCAUCUAAUCGAGUAGGUGUGUAUCUGGACUGGUCGACCGGUACACUGUCCUAUUACAGCGUCUCUGACACACACACGCUCACACACAUACACACAUUCAAGACAACAUUCACUGAACCCCUCUAUGCCGGAUUUGGUGUUUAUUAUGACUCAUCGGUCUCUCUGUGUCACAACAAGGAUGUCAAAUACAAAAAUGAGUGAAAGAAAAAAAUAAUAUUUAUAACAUAUUUACAACAUUGCUAUAAAUGUAUUAGAGGAAGACAUUUUCUUACUCCAUUAUAGUGUUUCAGCAAAACUAUAAUGUUCAGUUAUUGCACUGAUGUACCACAUUGUAUGUUAGUUGUUUGUCCUAGAUUUGUACAUAAUUUCUGUGAAAAUGCAAGUGCUGUACAUGCUGCUUUCUGAAGGAAUUUACAGACAGCGACUGACACUGACAGAGCAGAUCCUCAUUAUCACCUCACAGGGAACACACAUAAAAUUACUGGGGGUUUCCGUUAAUUUACUUUAAGAGUUCAAGAUAUGGUAGUAAAAAUAUGGUAAAGCAAUAUCGAUCAAGCAAGAAUGUUUUCCUUGAACAUCAGCACUGCAAAUGUAAUAUUGAUUUCUUUUUUUUUUUUUUAGCAAUAAACAAAAUAA